AACGAGACGAAGAUAAAUGUUUCAAAUAUGAGCAAUUUGUGGAAUUAUAGCGUGUCAACAACAACGGAUAAUAAAACGUUUCCUCCAUUAAAUAUUACCUCCUCUCUACUAUCGUCGACUUUACUGGACAAUUAUAGGAAUUAUAACAACCAGAUACUGGUGACACAGUUUCUACCUACUUUAGUUUAUGUCUGUAUUCUGUUCGUGGUAGGAAUAAUUGGAAACGCUUUAGUGUGUUAUGUUUAUAAAAUCAAAUGGAAAAUAAAAAAGAAACCCUCUACUCUUUUCAUCCUAGUACUAGCUGGAUAUGACCUCGUAAAUUGUUUCGUCACUAUGCCGUUCGAGAUAGCUCUUGUAUCCAACUACAUAUCAUUUGACUUUCCCAUCGUCUGCAAACUGUCAAGAUUUAUGACUUAUGGUUUAAAUGCAGCUUCUACUGUUAUUCUCUUGGGAAUAGCUAUUGACAGAUUAUUGGGCAUUCGAUAUGGAUUUAAACUCGGAUCUUUGACAAUGCGACAGGCCAGAUUGAUUGUUGCACUUUCAUUAUUUCUAGGAAUUUUAACAAACUGGCCUGCAUUGUUACUUUACGGAACAUACGAGGAAAUCGGAUUUAAAACUUGCUAUUUUGCAACACAAUAUAAAAAUUCUGAUUAUGUAACAGCGCAAGUUGUUUUUAUCAUCGUUACGUCAUUAAUUGGAGAUAUUAUCUUCAUUUCCAUAUAUUCAUUGAUAGGAUAUACGAUUUAUCAGCAACAAAAUAAGACUGUCAAAAGUAAAGACACGAACUUGGAAACAGCAAGGAUUUGUUGCAAAUCAGAGAAUGACAUUUGUAACAUUCCUGAUCAAUCACGGACUUCUAUUGAUUUUACCCAAGAAAAAGGAAAGAGCACCAUGAGUUUGUUUAGCAAAGGCGACGGAAAUGGUUAUAAUUCAUUUGCAAAGACAGACCUGUUUCUCCAACAAGAAAACAAACCUGAAUCGCGUGGUCGCUCCGGAAGUGAGGCCAUUGGAAGUCUUCUUACCCUGUUGAAGACCAAUACUGAAUCGCAGAAACAUCGAAGCUCUACAUUUAGCAACAGCGAAGGAAAACGUUUUGGUCCGUCUUUCAAAGCAAGAAAAACUACCUUCAUGCUCUUUACUGUUACAAUAGUCUACAUACUUACCUUCUUACCGUUUGGCGUACUAGGUAUCGUAGAUUUACAUCGGCAACAUCUUUCAAUGAAUAAUCUGUCUGUGGUAGAGUUGAAUCUUUACCACCUUUUGUUCCGAUCUUAUAUGCUCAGCAUGGCAGUGAAUCCUAUUAUAUUUAGUUUCCUCAACAAACAUUUUCGAUCAGAAUGUUUUUCUCUCCUGAAAGAUGCAUUACUUUGUGUUUUUUCUUGCUUUUAUACUAGAGAAAAUAAAUAAAUGAAGUGUUUUUAAAUAAAGUAUUGCAAUUUGAAAUAAAAAUAUACUCCUUUAUUAUACAAGCUAAUCUUCAAAUGAGGAACUAUAAAUUUAAGGAGUGGUAGAAUCAGUGUUCAAAUAAUUUAUGAAAGAUAUAUCAACUUUACCUAUUCCCAAAAAGUCGUUUUAAAAUAAAAUAUAAA